AUGGCACAAAAUGGAAGCCCCUGGGGUUUUCAUUGUUUGACAUGUAUGAUUAGGGGUAUUUCGUUAAGUUGGUGCGACGAGAUUUCAAUGUAUAUGCAUUUUGAUUUUGAUGCAGUUCAUCAGAGUUGGCACUGGGCCGUAUACAUGUUUGAUAUUCACUUUUACCCUGUGAGAGAAUUCAUUGCAGGCCCCAUACUAAUCUCUCACAAAUGGCAUCAAGCAUCUCCUACUACUGUCUCAGUGGUGUGCAUGCAACGAGAUUCCUUGGCGUUCUCUACAGCAGCAGCAUAUGGAGAACGAAGCAUGAGAUACG